AUGAGUACAGCCUUCCGUUUUAUGAAUUGUCCUUACAUCCACUCUAAGUGUAUAUUAAACUAUUCCCGUAGUAUGCUCUUCAAAAAAAAGUUAUUGGAUACCACACUUGAUAUGAAAGAUAAUGAAAUCAAAGCUCAUAGACUAAUUUUAGCCUACAAAUGUAAUUAUAUUCAUCAAUUUUUGGAAAAAACGUGGAAAGAAAUAUUGUCUAUAUCUUCUGAUAUGGUAUUUAGAGACGCUGUUAUCUCGGUCGAUGUUUCUUGUGAAAAGGAAAUAGUAGAUUUAAUAAUAAAUUACCUUUAUACAGGGACCAUCAUUAUAACCGAAUCAAACGCUUGUAAAUUAUAUCAAUGUUGUAAAAUAUUUGAACUUAAUUCACUUGAAAAAUUGACUAUAUCUAACAUUAUAAAUUUUAUUGAUGACCAAAACGCCUUAGAAUACUUAGGGAGAGACAUCUCGGAUAAUGUUAACAACGCCGCUUUAGGGUAUUUAUGUAAUAAUUUUCAGAGGAUUACAUCAACAAAGGAAUUUCUCGAAUGUUCAUUGACUACACUUGAAAAGCUUAUCGACGAAGAUGAUAUAAAAACAAGGAAAGAAAUUGAUAUCUUCGAAUCUGUUGUCAGGUGGUUGGAAUUUUCUGUGGAUACAAGAAAAAUAUAUAGCAACCAAGUCUUUAGCCAUAUAAGAUUUUGUCUAAUGUCAACCGAUGAAUUGAUUCAAGCAUAUGAUAUUGGGAAGAUAUUCUUUGAUGAUAAAUCAAAUUUAGAUUUCUUAGUUGAGGCCGCUUGGUAA